UGCCCCGCCCUCCCUCGGCGCGCGCCGGCGUCGGCUGCGUCUCCGGGCAUUUGAAUUGCGCUUCCGCCAUCUUUCCAGCCCUCAGUCAGACGGGCGCGGAGACGCUUCUGGAAGUAACAUCGCGAUGGCUGCCCAAGGAGAACCCCAAGUUCAGUUCAAACUUGUUUUGGUUGGUGAUGGUGGUACUGGAAAAACUACAUUCGUUAAGCGUCAUCUGACUGGUGAAUUUGAGAAGAAGUAUGUAGCUACCUUGGGUGUUGAGGUCCAUCCUCUUGUGUUCCAUACCAACAGAGGACCUAUUAAGUUCAAUGUAUGGGAUACAGCUGGUCAGGAGAAAUUUGGUGGACUGAGAGAUGGUUAUUAUAUACAAGCUCAGUGUGCCAUUAUAAUGUUUGACGUAACAUCAAGAGUUACUUACAAGAAUGUGCCUAACUGGCAUAGAGAUCUGGUACGAGUGUGUGAGAACAUCCCAAUUGUGUUGUGUGGCAACAAAGUGGAUAUUAAGGACAGAAAGGUUAAGGCAAAGUCAAUUGUCUUCCACCGAAAGAAGAAUCUUCAGUACUAUGAUAUAUCUGCCAAAAGUAACUACAACUUUGAAAAGCCCUUCCUCUGGCUUGCUAGAAAACUGAUUGGAGACCCUAACUUGGAGUUUGUCGCCAUGCCUGCUCUUGCCCCGCCAGAGGUGGUCAUGGACCCAGCCUUGGCAGCACAGUAUGAGCACGAUUUAGAGGUUGCUCAGACAACUGCUCUCCCGGAUGAAGAUGAUGACCUGUGAGAAAGUGAAGCUGGGGCCCAGCGUCAGAAGUCUAGUUUUAUAGGCAACUGUCCUGUGAUGUCAGUGGUGCAGCGUGUUUGCCACUUUAUUAUAUAGCUAAGCAGAACAUGUGCUUAAUCUUUGGAUGCUGAAGGAGAUGGAUGGGCUUUGGAGUGAAUGUGGCAGUUUAAAAAAAAAAACUUCAUUUUUUGGACCUGCAUAUUUAGGUGUUUUGGAACACAGUUGUUUCCUCCUUGAGUUUCAAAUAUAAGACCGCUAUAGUCACAUGACAAUAUUGAGAGGUGGAAUCUUGUUUGUUACUGUCAUUCCCAUUCCUUUUCGUUUAGAAUCAGAAUAAAGUUGUAUUUCAAAUAUCUAA